AUGAAGACUUGGCUAUUGAAAAAAAAAUCAUGGAUUAAGCUCGCCGUCAAAAUAGGGAAGGUGAAAGUUUUAUCUGUCAAACUCAAUCAUGCCAAUAAGCGAAUUAAAGAUCUCUUGUCUGAAAAGGCUGCAAUGAAGAGUUGCAUCGCUGAUUUGAAUGCUUACACGAACAAUUUCAUUGAAACUCAUAACUCUCUAAUCACGAUCUCUGUUAGGAAGCAUCUGAUUGAUAAAAUUCGGCCUGUCUUCGCAAUGCUAAAUAGGAUUGAGGGUGUUUCGGAGUCUGGCACACUUCCAAAACUAGGGGGAUAUAGAGAGAAUCUAUCUUCCAAAGAAACCUCGAAACCAGCCGUUCUUGAUGAAAAUCCGCGAAUCGCAAGAGAAGCAGAAGAAAAAGAGAAAGAGCUUCGUGAUGAUCAAAUCACUCUAGAAGCUACAAGGUUGUUAUUUCCUCCUUGGUUCAUGGAGCGAAUUUUGACAAAAGCAACCGGCAACCCACACAUUCAUUGGUUGGAGUCGGUCACUUCUUUUGGAUUGGAGAACACAAUGGAUUCACAACUAGAUUUCCCAAUCACUCCAAAACCCUUUUUGUUUUGCAUCUUUGAGGGGAUUGCGAAUGCUUCUGAUUUGGAUGAGAAUGUGAAUAAGUCCCUGAUGGCAUUUUACAUGAAGCAUGGCAAGCCACAAUACCAGACCUAG